AUGUCCACGCAGAAUACCGUCCUUUUGAAAACCCAAGAGAAUUGGAAGGAAUGGAACACGCAGUUUGAAGGUUUAGCCAGAGGCAAGAAUUUAUGGGGAAUUAUUACUGGCGAUGAACAAGAGAUUUUAAAGCCAGCACCACCUACCGAUGACACUUUGGCACCACCAGCUGGAAGUACACGAUCAACAAAUCCUACCUCCCUUGCUGAUCGACAAUUUGCUUGGACUGUUUACAAAAGCCUUCGUGACGACUAUAUUCUUCAACAAACUGAACUAAGCAAACUGCGGGAGUGGAUGCAGAAGACUAUUUCUCCACAAGUGUAUGAAUAUUGCUGCGAUCCAGAGGAUUCGAUGAAGGAAUGGUACGCCAAACUAAAGCAACGGGUGGGAAUUGAUGAUGCCACAGUCAAGAAACUUGCCCGCGAAGCGUAUAAAAAGGCCAUUAAACCUGUCACAAGACCUCGGGAUGUACUUACCUGGUUAAACAAUUGGGAAGAAGCAAUGCACAAGGCCGAAAAAGCUAGAAUUGCAGUGGCUGCAACCACAAGUGACUGGAUUGAGGAUUUCCUGAAUGCUGUACGGACUUUAAACCCGGUAUGGGCAACCUCAUAUGAGAUUGCUAAGAGUAAGGAUAUUGAAUCAGACAACCUGACAUUCAGACUGGUAGCACAAGACUUCCGAAAAGGUUUGGAUACCAAAUUGAUUCAACAGAGCAGCAAUAUUGCCAAAGGGUCAUUUGGUCCAACCUUUUGA